AUGUCUCGUUCAGCAGCCCACGACGCUCGGAAUCAACUCCUUCGCGAAACUCUUUCGAAUAAUGAAGACGCUCGGAAAAGUUCUGUUCCAACCGGAGAAACUGUGAGGAGGAUUACAAGUGACCUUGGUAUCUCACUGAAAUCCGAAAACAUCCCAAGUAGCGACGGCGCAAGGUUGCAUUUCAUCGGACAAAUUUCGGCGGAGAAAGUCUUGCUCUAUUUCCAUGGGGGCGGGUUUGGACUUUCUGCUUUUGAAGGGCAUAUUAAAUUCCUGAUCCAAUCCCAAGAAAUGCUUGCAGCCCAAGCGUCGACAGUUCUAAUCGCGUUUUUGGAGUAUGGACUCACAAAGGAGAAAAAAUAUCCUACACAGCUAAUGCAGGCCACCGAAGCCCUCCGUUUUCUUCUUUCCAAAGGUUUUCGUUCUUCAAAUAUCGUUGUUGGAGGUGACUCUGCUGGAGGGAAUAUGACGCUAGGCUUGGCUUCAGUUUUGAUGCACAGCUGCACCGGGGUCACGCCUCUUCAAAUUCAGGAGCCCCUCGCCGGAUUGCUACUUAUAUCUCCCUGGGUCAGCUUCGAAUCCAGCUCUUCGUCUUAUAGGAGGAACAAGGAAUAUGACAUUUUCGGCUCCGAGUCUAUGCAGGGUUGGGCGACGGAUUUUGUGCUCGAUCAGGAGAGGAACAACUGGAAUGAACCCAUUAAAGCCGAUGUCGCAUGGUGGCAAGGCCUGCAAGCCGAAAAGGUCUUGAAUGUCUAUGGAAGUCUUGAAGUGUUGCAGGAAGAUGACAAAAUACUGGGCGACACAUUGCACAAAGCUGGUGUUGCUGUCAAGAAUGUGGAGUGUAAGAAUCAGGUACAUAUUGACUGCAUCCUCGAUGCCCAAUUUGGACUCGAAGUCGGUCCCAUGUCUACAGAAAUAUGGCAAUGGCUGGCCACCGUGUUUCAGCGUGGUAUCUAA